AUGGACGAAAGCAACCAUGAAAUGGUUAACACCCUAACAUCACAGUUGAGAACUAUUUUGAAUCCUUUAAUCAACAAUACAAACAACAACUAUCAGUUGUUAGCCCACCAGAUGGGGAGAAUUACAGAUUUCUUUGGCACCCCUGCAAUGCCUAACCAAAACCUUCAACCCAUUCGAAACCAAGCGCAUGUUCAGGACCAAGGUUUGCCCAUUAAUGAUGAAGUUCCUAUCAAUCAAGCGCCACAAGUGAUGCAAGAGGAACCACCGGUCCAAGUGGUGAAUCAGGUUCAAGACCCAGGGAUAGUUUUGGUUAAUAGAAAUCAAAAUGCUGACGAAGUUGUCAGAAAUGUGCAACGAAAUAAUUUUGCACAACAAGACAACUUGGCAAAUUUAGUCGAAACGAUAUUGACCCAAAAUGGUUUUAAUGUUGGCUUGCACAGGCCUAACUUCGUUUCCCCUUUGUCUGAGUACGUACUACAGACUGAAUUGCCAAGGGGAUGGAAGAUCCCCAAAUUCACAAAGUUUGCUGGGGAUAUAACUGAAUCAACAGUGGAACAUGUUGCAAGAUUUUUUACUGAAGCAGGAAAUUUGGCAGAUAAUGAAAAUUUAAGAAUGAAAUAUUUUCCAAAUUCCCUCACAAGGAAUGCUUUCACCUGGUUCACAACGCUUCCCCCUCAUUCGAUUCAUCAUUGGGCUCAACUAGAAAGGGUUUUCCAUGAACAGUUUUACAUGGGCCAGUCUAAGAUUAGUUUGAAAGAAUUGGCCAAUGUUAGGAGGAAAACACCAGAGUCCGUAGAUGAUUAUUUGAAUCGAUUCAGGCUACUCAAGGCUAGGUGUUUUACCCAAGUGCCUGAACAUGAGUUAGUCAAAAUGGCUGCUGGAGGCCUAGACUAUUCGACUCGAAAGAAAUUAGAUACACAACAUCUAAGAGAUAUGGCACAAUUAGCAGAUAGAGUAAGACAGGUCGAACGCCUUAAAGCUGAAAAGGCUAGAUCAUCGAAGUUUCAAAAAAGGGAAAAAAUAGCCUAUGUCGAAACAAUAGAUGAUGAAGAUGAAUAUCCAUCGAAUGGAAAAAAUCCUGUUGAACCUAAAAAUGAUAAAUUUGUGGCUAAAACCUAUUCAUUCGACAUAACUAAAUGUGAUGAAAUAUUUGAUUUAUUGGUUGCUGAUGGCAAAAUUGUUGUCCCAAAGGGGGAUCUUGUUCAAAAGGCUUUGAAAGAUGGAAGGCUGAAGUUUAAAGAGAAACCCAAACAACAGAUGAAAAUUGAUGAAGAUCCAUUACAAAUAUCAGAUGCUUCCUAUGUGGAACCUGUCGAAUGCUUAAUGAUCGAUGCCAUGGAUUUAUCUGGCGGUGCACAAUUAGUUUCUAUUCCAGAGAAUGAAUACUACGAAAAGAUGAAAGUAGUAUAUCCUGGGCUGAAGAGGAACUGA